GUCUUCCCCGAAACAAGAGAGCAGAGGGACCGCCAGGUGGCAGCAGAGGCGCGCCCGAGGCCCGACUGCGCUUGCGCAGAGCCUGCGGCGCCUAGGACGGGAAGUAGGCGGGGCUGGCCCAGAGCAGCUCAUGGGGAGCACUGCGGCAGGCUGGCAGAGUGAAGACUUGACUAGAGACCAUCUUACCCCAGCCUAGCUGCAAACGCCCCGGAAUGCACUGGGCAUGGCCUCUGGAGCCCCACAGAACAGCAGCCAGAUGGCCUGUAACAGUGAGAUUCCAGGCUUCCUGGAUGCACUCCUCCAAGACUUCCCAGCCCCACUGAGCCUGGAGAGCCCUUUGCCAUGGAAGGUCCCAGGGACGGUCCUGAGCCAGGAAGAGGUGGAGGCUGAGCUGACCGAGCUGGCAAUGGGCUUCCUGAGCAGCAGGAAUGCUCCCCCAUCAUUUGCUGCGGCUGUGACCCACGAGGCAAUUUCCCAGCUGUUACAGACAGACCUUUCUGAAUUUAAGAGGUUGCCUGAACAAGAGGAGGUGGAGGAAGAGGAGGAGGAGGAGGAGGAGGAAGAGAAAGCCCUCGUGACCUUACUAGAUGCCAAAGGCCUGGCACGGAGCUUCUUUAACUGGCUUUGGGAAGUAUGUAGCUGCUGGCAGAAGCAGGUGCCGCUGACUGUCCAGGCCCCUCAGCGGCAGUGGCUGGUCUCUGUCCAUGCCAUCCGGAACACACGACGCAAGAUGGAGGAUCGGCACGUGUCCCUUCCUGCUUUCAGCCGUCUCUUUGGCUUAUCUGACUCUGUGCACCGUGCCUACUUUGCUGUGUUUGAUGGUCAUGGAGGCGUGGAUGCAGCAAGGUAUGCCUCUGUCCAUGUGCACACCAAUGCUUCUCACCAGCCAGAGCUGCUCACAAACCCCGCAGCAGCUCUCAAAGAAGCCUUCCGGCGCACUGAUGAGAUGUUUCUCCAAAAAGCCAAGCGAGAGCGACUGCAGAGCGGCACCACAGGUGUGUGCGCGCUCAUCACAGAAGCAGCCCUGCAUGUUGCCUGGCUUGGAGACUCCCAGGUCAUCCUGGUACAGCAAGGACAGGUAGUGAAGCUGAUGGAGCCACACAAACCGGAGCGACAGGAUGAGAAAGCACGUAUUGAAGCACUGGGUGGCUUUGUUUCUCUCAUGGACUGCUGGAGAGUCAACGGGACCCUGGCAGUGUCUAGAGCCAUUGGGGAUGUCUUCCAGAAGCCCUAUGUGUCUGGCGAGGCAGAUGCAGCAUCCAGAGAGCUGACAGGCUCAGAGGACUACCUGUUGCUUGCCUGUGAUGGUUUCUUCGAUGUUGUCCCCCACCAUGAAGUCACGGGUCUCGUCCACAGCCACUUGCUCAAGCACAAGGGCAAUGGGAUGCAUGUUGCUGAGGAGCUGGUGGCUGUGGCCCGUGACCGGGGCUCCCAUGACAACAUUACAGUCAUGGUGGUCUUCCUUAGGGACCCCCUGGAGCUGCUGGAGGGUGGAGUCCAGGGGACAGGGGAUGCCCAGGCAGAUGUAGGAAGCCAGGACUUGUCCACUGGCCUCUCAGAACUUGAGAUCCAUACCUCACAGAGAAGCUAAGUGGUCCAGGCCUCCAGGCCCCAUCCAGACUCUCCCUCUGCCCUUGUGAUCCUCCCCUUCAAAGACCUUAGAUCCAACAGGUAUAGUGGGCAGGGGUGCACACCCUCACAGCAUUCCCUUAGCACCCCAGCCCUUCAUGUUGCCUGCCACAGCCUGUCCUUAUGGCUGCAGAACCACAGUAGGCAACAAGUGGAUCUCAAAAGGAAGCAUAGGAAAAUAACCUCACAAAAGAACAGAUGGCUGAGGUGAUCAGGGCAGGACAGGUCUGGGAACAGAAACCACAGGCACUUGCUGGCAGCCUAGCCAAAAACACAGGUCAGGUCUUGGGGGACCCUCACACAGAUCCUAGGAUGAGAUCUGCAUCCAUGUGUCCAGCCCAGGCUUGUGGCUUCUCAUUGUACCCAAGGCUAGGAGGGUUUGAUCUGUACUAACACACAAGCUUGCAGUCCUGCUUGACUGCUGGCUUCCCAAAGAGGAGACAUUGGUCUUGCUGGGAGGCACACCAGGAGAGUGACCCACUGCCACUCCACUCUGAGUAGUAAGGCCACUAGGGCUUUCUAGACCUCGCUCAUUCCCUUGAGCUUCCUGAGGAGGUGACGUCAGAUGUGUGUGUGUCUUUGUUUGUGUGCUUAGAUUUAUUGCAGGGAAAGGUCUAAUCCAGAAUCAGUAUUCAGGCUUUGUCAUGUUGUAUCAGUGCCAAGGUGACCCACAAGGUCAUGUAACUUAAGCAACGCUUAGCAUUUAUUUUAUUCCUGAAAACUUAAGUAUUUUACUUUUGUGUGUGUUCGUGAAGACAUUUGCAGUAUUAAUGAAUUUUUUUUCCUAAAUCAGGAUGGAAACAAAUUUUUCCAGGUUAUGUUAAUAAGCCACUUAAGUGCCUUAAACAGCUUUGAUGUAGAUGAGAAUUGCUGGGCCCAUCAUGGAUCCUGAUAGGCAGACAUGUUGAGGUUCUCAAAAAGGCAGCAUUUGUUGUGGGAAGGCAUGCUUUGAGCCAGCACUCUUUCUGGGAAAGUCUUUUUGUGCUUCUGGGCGCCUCAGGACUUCCUUGAAGUAAUCGGUAGGUAAAGGCUGUGACUAUGGCCAUCUAGGGUAGCCUCCUUGCCCACCCUUGGAGUCUGGCUGGAUCCCAGCUGAGAGAACCUUACUGCUCUUGGCUAGAAGAUUGAGACUCUUUUAGUGUGUUUGGAGUUAUGUUGACCAAGUUGUUGAGGACAGUGCUUAGGUGAGGAACUUUGGCAAGCCCAGCAGUCCACCAUCUUUCUCCUGUGACUGAUGUACUAACCUGCUAGACUCUGUCCUGACCUGAGCAACAUGAAAGACCUCCACAUCCCUAGAGCAAUGAUGUAUAAAAUCAGGCAAGGAAACCAGGCUAAGGGUCGGGGGAUACCCAGAAGAAAAGGACUAAGGAGACUCUCAACAAAGGCCAAGUGAGUCAAGGCUGCUCUACACAGAUACUGGUAGGUCCAGAAGAUAAUGGGUGGCUUAGCAGAGGCUUAGGAAAGGAACAGUAGGAAGAAGGGUGGCUGUGAGGUCCCCAUGGAGGAGACAUAGUUCACCUAUAGAGUGGAAGCCCUAGCAAGACUUGCAGAGCUUUGCUCAGCGCACCUACGCCCUCUUUCAAAAGAAGCAAGAGUGCUCAAACUUUUUCCCCUGAGGCAAGUCCACCUCCAGCAGUAGGGAAUCGAGCCAGACAACUGUGAUUGGGCACACCACCUGUAUGCUUGGCAUUUACCCAUUCCCACAGCAGGGAUGGAAGAGUUGGGGUUAUGUAGUUGAUUCCUUGGUCAAGUCUCUCCAUAGGAACGUGGUCACUAAGACGACUGCCCACCAUAAAAACUAGAUAUUGCUUAACUUGAAGGCCUGCUACCUUCUAGGGGAUCAGAAUCCACGAUCCUCAGUACCAUCUCGACACAGGGUGUGGUUGUUGGUCUAGCCUGCCUGUAGCAGUGACCUUGAUAGAGGGAGAUGUUGAUUUUGGUUUUCUCCCAUUUUUGCUAAGCUGUUCAUUGCUGGUAAGAGUGGAAUUUGGGCCUCCUUAGUGGUCAGGAUUCAUACUCACAUGUAAAGCUGUGCCAAAUAUCAAGGCCUCAGUGUAAAGGGAAGCCCCUUUCCCAGGCUUGUCUGAGUGCCUCCCCCUGCCUGGCAGUGGUCUAGGACCAACAUCAGGCACUCCUCCAUCCUGAUCUAGUGGCCAAGGGAGACCACAUUCUCCCACUGUUGAGGGCUGGCCUUGUGCUAGUUCCUAGGCACAGAGAAGGACUCUUUUGUCUUGACUGGAGUUGCCAGUACCAAGCCUACAAGACUUCUUGGCCACCUCCUCCUCAGACUCUCAUCCAAAAAGAAUCCCCUACCCAGAGUGACUCCACUUCUCAAGUCCCCGCUUUGCCACCAUCACAUUGUAUGAGCGAAGCCAGUCACUGUACCCCUCAGGCCUCAGGUGCCCUUUAGGGUAAGGCAUGGAGGACAUGCAUAGCAUUACCAGGAGCUGCCAGUGCAGGGGAGCCCAUCCUCCACCAACAGCAGAGAGGGGUUAAGUAUUAUUAGUAUCUAUUCUUAAAAUUAAGUGGGCUGGAAAAGAGCUGAGUUACAGGCGCCAGUGUCUUCAUGGAUACAAAAGCUGAAGCAGUCAGCCUGCCUUUGCAGGUACAGCUGCCUCCCCGCUAAGGCCUGGAGGCGGAAGAGGUAGGAGGGCAUAAGCAAGCUUUCAGGAGUGUUGAAGCAAGGUAUCUGCAGCAUAGCUUUGAGAGUCUCCAGAGCUCAUGCUGGGAGAGGCACCAGCACCUAGAGGUCUUAAAAGCCCUGCCAUUCACCAUGAUCUGUCUGCCCCUGCCCUUUUGGGUUCUCCAUGCAGUGCCCCCCUCUCCUGAUGUUAAGUUUCAGCAUGGGUGUCCUGGCUAGCUCAGCUGUAUUCUAAGAGCCAGAAGGAUGGCUCUGGCCGUACUGUACGGAAGCCAGGUCAAUUUGUGUGAAGCAAGCUGGGCUUCUGGUUUGCUUCAGCCUCUGUAGCCUCCAAGGACCAUCCUCUGGAGUCCUGUGCUUUCACUGGACUCUUCGGCUUUACCAAACACACCAAGCUUUGCCAUUUACAUGCCAUGUGGGCCUUGCCAAGGGUUAUUUCAGGGGUCUUCCUGGGAGUCUUAUUCUAAGACACCAUGUUUCUUUAGUCUUAGGGACAAGUCCCCAGGUGAUGAGCUCAUAGGACAGUCUUACCCGGGGCCCCUGUACUGGUGUCAAUAAAGCAUAUAUUCAAGA